AUGCAAUCCGUAGGUUACUCGGUGAGAACAAUAGAGGACUCGUUGCGUGAGUUGGAAGGGUUGAUAGGUUCUGGCAGUGGAAGGAGUUGCUCUAGAGACAGUUCCUUGUUUGAUGUCUUUCUCGGGGGGUCCGCAAGUAGCUUCAGUGGAGCUAGCCAUGAUCACGAUUUUGCGGCCGCGGCUGGGGCUGGGGCCGCAACCGAAAAUGGGCCUCUAUCUACCGCCGCCACCGCAUGCAUGGCUUCGGCGGCUAUACACAACUACGAACGUAAUCGCAACCGUCUCGACCUGGGAGGUUCUGACAGUUCUGUCCCCAUGUCGAUGCCUGCACCCAUGACGAUGUCUUUGCAAACGCAAACGCAAAUACAAAUGCCUGUCUCAACACCUAUGUCAUUGUCAAAUUCUUCCUGCAACUAUGUGAUCACGGGGGGAUAUACGAAAAAUAAUAUUAAUAUUACUACUAAUACUAAUACUAAUACUAAUAAUACCAAUCAUUUGGCAAUAGUCGAUGAUACCAACAACAAUAUCGGCACUUCCGUACCAUCCCCUGCACUCUGUGUAAAUAACUUGUCACGGAGACCCCGUAGACGUUCAUCAAUGGCUAUUGUCCCCAGAUGGGUCGACGUUCCUGAAAAUUCAAGGUUUUUUGUAAUCAAAUCUUCAAGACUCGAUCAUGUACAAAAAUCCUUCUAUAACGGGAUCUGGUCUUCUACUUACUUCGGAAACAAACGUCUUUCAGAGGCUUUCUCGAGUUUGGAUCCUGGUACUAAACUAUUUCUAUUGUUUUCUGUCAAUGCAUCUGGACGUUUCUGCGGUGUAGCAGAAAUGGUGUCCAACUUGGAAGAUGAACUAGAUACUAGUAUUUGGGACGACACCUCUAGAAAGUUCGGAAAGGCUUUCAAAGUAAGGUGGGUGUUGGUGAGAGACGUUCAUAACAGGUCUUUGAAACAUUUCCUUAUUCCCGACAAUGACAUGAAACCAGUCACAAAUUCAAGAGACACACAAGAGAUCCCUUUCUCAAUAGGAAACUCGAUUUUAAAAUUGUUCAGAGCAGACCCGGCAGCAGCACAGUCUUUCCUAGACAGUGAUUACGUCUGA